GGAUUCGGAACUCUCUGCCCGUAGAGUGGUGUCCCGCUUGGCCCGUCCGAUCAAUAAACCAAUGCCCUUCAUUCCCAUUUGCCCCUUGCUUGCCGCAAUGCACCUCUUCUGUUUGGCAGAGGAUUUGAAUCCAACAAGACCAGGCAUGAGUUUCAUACACAAUUUUCCCCAGAUAAAACUAUAUUAGUGCGCCUUGUAAAAAUUGCUCUUCCAGCCUUCCAAGUCACCCCCAUGGGUGUAACACAUUCAGCUUCAAACCUCUCUAAUAAAGUUCAAGUAUGGGUUUAUCAAAGUCGUGGCCUUUCUUCUCUUUCAUGUAUCCAAAUCUUCAAAGAAACUGAUACAAAAUUGCCCAAUCUUUCGAAGUUUCCAACAAAAAAUCAAUUUUCAGCUAAAAAACUUCUCCCCGAUACCUUACUAAGUGUCAAUGGUUCCACCUCCGAUUUGGACUCUUCAUUGAGUCUCUUCAAACGGGCUUGCCAGAAAAAGGAGUUUCGCCCCGCUGCUGACACAUACCACACCAUAAUUUUGAAAUUGGGUAUGACCGGAAAAGUGGGCGAAGUGGAGGGACUUUGCAAAGAGAUGGUGGAGGGAAAAUGCCCAGGCUUUGAAGAAGUGAUUUUUUCGCUAAUUGAUGCUUUUGUUAGGAACCAUAGGCUUAGUGAGGCUUUAUGUGUUGUUUCUUAUGUACAUUUAUGUAGCAAUAAGCCAGCAUCCCUAUCUGUGUAUAAUAAGAUGUUGGAUGCACUUGUGAAGGCAAAGAAAGAUUUUAAAGAUGUUGUCUAUGUAUACAAAGAGAUGGUAAAAGCUGGAAUUGUUCCAAAUACCGAUACACUAAAUUAUUUGUUGCAGGCAUUGUUGGGUGCGGGUCGUGCCGAUUCAAUGUUGGGUCAAUACAGAAGGAUGGAUAAGAAAGGGUGUAAGCCAAAUAGUAGAACUUUUGAGAUAGUUAUUAGUGGACUUGUUUCUAGUGGUAAAUAUGAGGAAUCUCUUGGGGUUUUAGAUGAACUAUUUAGCUCUGGGUGUGAACCUGAUCUGAGUUUCUACGCCUCCUUACUGCCCAUAUUUUGUGAUAUGAAUAACCUCGAGGUGGGAAUGAGGCUUUUUGGAAUGAUGAGAUCUUCAAAGAUAUCUCCAACCUCAUCAAUAUAUGGGUGUAUGAUACAAUGUCUGUGCAAGAAUCGUCUUGUGGAUGAAGCACUAACCCUAGUAGAAGAGAUGACUGCCAGUCAUCCAAUUCUGGAUGAGUUUUUGCUCACUAGUAUAAUCGACAGGUUAUGUGAAAUGAACAAAUUGUCUGAGGCCAAGAAGUUAUUGGAAGAUCAAAAUGUUUCUAUUGCAUCUCCUUAUAAUGUUCUUCUCCAAGCAUAUGUGAAUGCAGGUGAUUUUGAUAUUGCUCGACACCUGUUCGAUGAAAUGUUUGAUAGAGAUUUAACAGAUGUCGGUUCAUGGAAUAUCCUCCUUAAACAUUUCUGUGAAUGCCACGAGAUAAAUGAUGCCCUGAAGUAUCUUGGGAAGAUGAUUGUUUCAUCGGCUAACCCAAAUGCCGAUACUUAUUCAGCAAUUAUAAUUGGCAAAUCCUCAAUGGAUGAAUAUGAGGAAGCCUUGACAUUGUUCCACAAAGCAUGGGUCAAAUCGUGGGUUCUUGAUGAUGUGUCAUACGGUCAACUCAUCAAUUGUCUAUGCCGUUCAGAAAGGUAUCAAGAAGCUGUGCAAGUGUUUUCCCUAAUGUCUAGCAAAAGACGUCCUCUGAACUCUGUAUCGUUCGAUUUGCUUAUCAGGGGUAUAUCUGGAAUCACCGCUCAAACAAUCAAAUUACUGUCAUUGGCUUAUUACAGUGGAGCGUCCCCUUCUAUUUCCACCCUAAAGACCAUCGUUCAAGGUCUCUCUGAAGGAAAUAAGGUGGAUGAUCUCUGUACAGAAUAUUGCAUCCUCUUAAUUAACUUGAUGCUUACUGAGGGUUUAUUAUCAUCUCAGAAUUGCAAUGCACUUGCUAAUCUACUCUCGUGUUUGAUGAAAAACUCUCAGUUGCACGUGAUUUUGCCUGCGGUAGAUACAUUUAUCUCCAACUCUGAAUUUCAUGAUUCGUCUGUAUUUAGCGUGUUGAUUGAUAGCCUUUGGAGAGGGGGGUAUAGAAGAGAGGCCUCUAAAUUGUUGGACUUGAUGUUGGGGAAGGGGUGGGUCCCUGAUCCAGGAACUCAUGCAGUGUUAAUGGGUUCAUCAUUUGUUGAAGAAGAUGGAAAAGAUGCCGAAGUACCUGUUGUCUGUGAAGAUAGUGUUAGCGGCAUACUUGCCCAAGGUUUAGCAGAAUGUGACCAUUGAUGUUGGCUGUGGAUCAGAGUGUGAUUUUGUGUCCUGUAAACUUGGAUUUGAUGCAAGGAGACUGAGAAAGGCCAGCCAAACAUAUGAAGAUUUCCACUUGACUUCUCUUGAAAAAUUUUGAGGGAGAGAUAGAGUUUGGGGUAAAUAGUGGAGUUUCUCGGGUCGUGUAGGGUUCCAUUUGUAAAUUGUAAGAGGAAAAUGAGGCUAGAUUAUUAUGUCCAAGCUGAACAAAUGUUGGGUCUUGCUUUAUAGUUUAGACGGAGUAUGGUUUUUUAUUCACUUAAUGUAACUUCGGAAUUACGAUUCAUACAACUAUACAAGUAUUGUAUUUGAAAGCUUCUAUCGUUCCUUAUUCACAUUUUAAAUAAUAAUAAUAAAACAUCCAAGAUAUUGACAACA